UGAAUCAUUCUUGUAAAAGUGCUGGAAGAGUCUGGAAGUGUUGUUUUCGCUGUAGUCUGCUGGCUUAGACAGUUUUGUUCCAAAUUGUGCUAGAUCAUUUACUUGACCAGUCUGUUAUAUUGCUGAAAAAAGUAUUCGCUCUUGUGAAAUACUUUUAUAUAAAAGCCAAUGGUGUACUGAUCGUUGAUUUAAUAAAUCGUAACAUACAGUGGAAGAAAGACGAUUGCAGACUUUUGGAAAGUUGUUUUUGAAGGUCAGCUACGAAUAGAACCGUGACAUAUAUAUAUUGUUUCAUUGAUACUAUUCAAACUUUGAUUAACGUAACGAUUGUGCUGCAGAACAAGUGUGAAUUAAAUUUUGUCUAAAAGUUGGAAAGAAUCCAAAGUGCAAAAAACAAAAUGGUGUUUCCCGAUGCAUUGAAGGUGACGGUUCUGCGAGAAGCUGCGGGACAAGAAAAUUUUGUUCUGGUCGUCUCUCGCCAUAGGGAAGUUUGCCACAGUUUUGAGAACCUGAGAAAUGAAAUUGUAGCUCGCUGUCCGGGCUUGUUGCAGUCGGAUGAAAUUAAAUUUUUCUGGAUUGACGAUGAGGGUGACGAGAUUACCAUUAUUAACCAUGGGGAUUACUUUGAUUACAUGGAUUCGUGUAAUCAAAAUGGGCAAAAGCGCCGGAUUUACGCUAAGGGCCUAGCAAGACCUUCCUCGCAGACGGCUACGGUUUCAUUCGAGGAAACUCCAAUUGAAGAAGUUUCCGAAGCAAAGGUGGAACAAUCGGCUGCGGAAUCACUUCCUGACAACCUGCCGGUUCAUUCCAAUAUCGUUUGCGAUGUGUGUGAUGCUAUAAUCAAGGGCCAUCGGUAUAAAUGCAUGCAGUGCUUUAAUUAUGAUUUGUGUAUGCGCUGUGAGAGCCGCUAUCGGCACAAGGACCACAUGAUGAUUCGCAUCCCAACACCGGCUGCAGAUCGUCGGGCACCAUUCCGUUUGUUUGAAAAGUUGCGCAGCUACGUUGCCGAUGUUGGGGCUCCAGUUACACCACCGGCAACAGCACAUACACGCGACGAUGACUAUGAAAAUUGCAAACGCUCCAAGCGGCACCAUCGUAGAAACAGCAAAGAUCGUGAGGAAUCCCGGGAACGCCGUGAAGAAAAAGAACGCAAGGAGCGCAAGCAUCGUCGUGAACGUUCUGCGAAAUGUGCUGAGGAACGUCGCGGUGGACGCCACGGCCAUGGACAUCAUUUCAAUUUUUCCCAUUUGAUCAAUCAGGUUAUUGAUCCAGCAAAUAUAUCCGCAUUUUUAUCUGCUGAUGCCGCGGCGGCAGCGGCCGCUGCUGCUGCAGAAUCUGCUCAAGAAGCUGCACGUGCUAGUAUGGCAAAUUGUCCAUUGUUCACUUCGACAACUUCAACAAGUAAUGCUGGUACGACUUUCGUAACUUCUGCUUCAGCAUCAGCAUCCACCACUGCGCCGAAUGCAACGCACGUAAGUACUGAAAAUUCUGAAGAGGCUUCUGCUCCCUCCCCUACCAGUGAGGAACCUCAAGCCAAAAAAGCUGCAACUUCUUCGACCCCAAUGGACCAAGAAACGCGUCAACAAAGAGAUUUUGAUCUUUCCUGGUUGGCUCCAACACCGGAAAGCAUUCAGAAAAUAAAUCAAACUUUUUCAAAGAUUUUGGAUCCAUUGGGAAUGAAUAUUGAAAUUCGAAGUAACGGAACUGCUGCGAAACCUGCGCAGACUCAAACUCCAACUGAAGAGAAAAAAGAUAAAACCACAGAAACAGCUAACACACCAACAACAAGCACUCCAAGUCAGACUUCACCAGUUGUAACGGCGGUAACCAGUAAUAAAUCUACCGAAAUCGAUCCAAUUGCUGAACUGGAGCAAAAGUUACAAGCUGCUUUUCUGGCCGAGGCAUUGGGCCAAAAGAGUCAGGCAAUUGAGGCCGACUUAACGCACAGUGAUGAUGAUGAUGAUUCUUCGGUGAGCAGCGUUUCUUUGCUUAGCGAUAAUGAAGGUACUACAGAACAUGGAGAAACAGCAGAAAAGAAAUGGACGUUGGUUGAUUUACCCUGUGAUGAGGAGCAAGUUUACACAAAGCAACCAGAGGCAAUGUCUGCGGCGGCUAAAUCAGAUGCAGCUAUAAAAGCAGAAACUGUCUCCACUGUUCAACAAGAGACUUCAGCACUUGCAACUCCAUUGUCGGUUCCGGAAGCAACUUCGGCAUCCUCAGCUAGUCAUCAACCAGUAAAACAAAUUGACUAUGAACAGCUUGGUAAAGCUCUUAAGCAGCAUUUGAAGGCAGAAAAGAAAGCAGCUACAGCAUCACAACCUCCUUCCAAGGAAACCACCCCGCCGCCAAUGGUUUCUACUUCUCCAGUGUCGCUGCCGACUCGUACAGCAAUCCCACUGCCGCCUCCCCCGACUCAACCACAACCAAUUCACACCGCAAUUCCGCUCCCACCCGCAUCGACAGCUGGCCCGCAACAAGCUUCUCCAUCGAAAAUAGUUUACAGUUCGCGUCCCCACGUAAACCAUGCAAUACAUGCUAUGAUGGCUAUGGGCUUCAGCAAUGAGGGCGGCUGGCUGGCCCAACUAUUGGAGUCAGUCCACGGUGAUAUUCCUCGCGCACUGGACAUGUUGACGCCACAUAAAAUUAAUCCUUAAACUGUUGCACGAGGAGCUGCUUUUAUAAUACGAUUAUUUGCAAACAAAUGUGGUAGUGUGCAGUAACGAUAGCAAUAUAAAAACACACUUCUGAAUAACCAUAUAACACCCAUAAUUUUUAAUACAGAUAACGGUGAUAGUUGUUAGUUUGUAGGAGUUUAAUUUAUAAACAUUUUAGAAGCAAAACAAUUUGCAGGCCUAUACAUAGACAAACAGAUUAUUGGUCUGAUAUUUUGCAGAGCCUGCAAAAUCGAUAAGCUACUAAAUUGAUACAAUCUAGAGAGACAGAGAGAAUUCAAAGCCGUCAACCUGGUUACAAAUCGAAAAAAUCGAUUCGUAACUGAUGGAAUGUAACCUGCCGUUUUUGACAUAUGUAUUUGCAAGGUAAUUCAAAUAUGCGAUAAAUAUUAUAUUCAAGGAUAUGUAUUGUUAAAUACCCACGUAUGGUAGACUGUA